CUGCAUUACUCCACAACACUGCUACAGGGCUGGCCAUCCAGCGCCGACAUGGCAGCACCCACCCCACACCACCAGCGCCCGCGCAGGCCGUCUGGCUCCACUGAACAAAUCAUCGGCCAGUACAAACGCAUGGAUCACAUCGGAAAGGGAAGCUUUGCUGAAGUGUACCGUGGAAUUCACAUCGAAAAACGGCAAUCCGUAGCCAUCAAGUCUGUCAACAUGAGCAAGCUGAACAAGAAACUCAAGGACAAUCUCGUCUCGGAGAUCACCAUUCUACGGAGUCUUCACCACCCUCACAUUGUGGCCUUGAUGGACUGUCAUGAGGCGCCCUCACGAAUGCACAUCAUCAUGGAAUUCUGCGAGCUCGGCGAUCUAUCAGGCUUCAUCAAGAAACGUGCAGAUCUCGAAAAUCACCCUCAAACGCAACGCAUGAUCGAGAAGUACCCGAACCCGACUGUCGGUGGUCUGAACGAAGUCAUCGUUCGUCACUUCGCAAAGCAAAUGGCCAGCGCGCUUGAAUUUCUGCGGUCCAAGAAUUACAUCCAUCGGGAUCUCAAGCCUCAAAACCUCCUCUUGAAUCCUUCGUCACUCUACUAUUCACAGAGCAAUUCCGUGGACCGGAUGCCGCUGGCCGCCGAUGCCAACUCACUCAUUCCAGCGACUGGCAUCGAAUCUCUUCCCAUGCUUAAGAUCGCCGAUUUCGGAUUUGCGAGGGUCUUGCCAACAACCUCCCUAGCCGAGACGCUUUGCGGUUCGCCCUUGUACAUGGCCCCAGAGAUUCUGCGAUACGAGAAGUAUGAUGCGAAGGCCGAUCUGUGGUCUGUUGGCACAGUUCUCUACGAAAUGGUGUGCGCUCGGCCACCGUUUAGAGCAAAUAACCAUGUUGAACUUCUCCGCAAGAUCGAAGACCGCAACGAUCAGAUACGGUUCACAGAAGGAUCUGUCACUAGUAGGGCUAUGAAGAACCUUAUCCGCGCCCUUUUGAAGCGCAAACCAACGGAGCGCAUGUCCUAUGACAAUUUCUUCUCAGAUCCCGUCAUCCGAGAAGACAUCCCAGGUCUUGUAGACGAGGACGCUCCUCAGAUUUUAGAGCCGGAGCCCAUCGGUCAAUCUAGGCGAAUGCAGAAGAUGCCCGUUGACAUGGAUCGUCGAGCUUCAGAAAGCCCUAUUUCCCAAUCGCCGCGAGAGAAGACACCGUACGGAACGACACCUCCGUCAAGGCCAUCCUCUCGUCCUAUCUCGCGCCAGCUCUCGGGAACCCCGCCUCAAGCCUCGACAAAUCGGCGGUUGAGCAACACUCCACUGCCGCCGAUCGAGCAGUACUCUCAGCGUGAGCGUCGCCCAGUGCUCACCAACGCCAAUACCGCUCCCGCCCGGCCAACUGCUGUCCCGGAUCAGGAGUCAGCUUCUACUGGUAGGCGCCGCACAUCCCGAGAUGAGCAGUUGCCUUCGGCAGGGCCUGGGCUCAAAGAACACCUUGCAAGGGAGCGUAUACCGCAGCGGCCAGAGGUGGCAAUGCGUGAGGCAGCAGAGCGAGCGGCCCAGGAUACUGCGCUCGACGAAGGGUUUGUGUUCGUGGAGAAACGGCGAGUGGAGAUCGACGCUCUGGCCGACGAGAUUGCUGCAAGCCCUCAAAACACAAGGGAGCGUCCAGUCACCAGAGAAACUACCAUGAAGCGGCGCGCAACCACGCAAGGGUCACCCACAUCUGUUACUGGUGCGACUGUUCCAUCUAGAGCCAUUCAAAUCCAACAAAAGCAGACCAAUGUACAUCAGCGCAACAACUCGUACGAACGCAAAUACCGCCCAAGUUUCGAAACGGCAACAUCAGCACUUUCCAAAGCAAUGAACAUGGUCAAUAUUCGCGGUCUGGGUCUUUCACCGCCCACGAUGAAAGGUAUGUCUCCACCUCAAGGCCACGCUGGCUUUCCUGUCUACCCGACGGCGCAAAGCAGCCUACUGUUAGUAGGCGAUGGUGGCAAGAUCAUGAGCAAAGACGAGGAUGCCGCUGCUGUCAGGCAGAUCGAGCAGCUUGCCGAAUUAAGCCACGUCGUGUACGGCUUUGCCGAAGUCAAGUACAAACAACUUGUUCCGGUGCCGCCCAGUGACCAAGGCCUCGGAAUUGGUCCCACUGGCCUUCGGAAGCCAAAUCAAGAUGAUACGGAUGAUGAGGAUGACGACUUGACCCCCGAGACUGUGCUGGUCAUUGCAGAGGAAGCUUUGGUCCUCUAUGUCAAAGCCCUCACCAUGCUCAACAAGGCUACAGAUGUCACAGGGCGCGCUUGGAAUCGUAUAAAACACGGCCACGCUUCCGAUGGAUUACGGGACCGCAUGGAAAAUGUAGUCAAUUGGGUGCGAGACCGCUUCAAUGAGUGCUGCACCAAAUCCGAGAUGGUUGCACGCAAAUUGAAACAAGCGCAGCUCCUACUUCCUUUGGAUCAUCCAAGCCAUCCCAGCAACAUAUCACAAGAGUCCGGAUCGGCGACAACGAUUGGCUCUGCAGAGAACAUCUUGUUGACAACUGGGGUUACAGCCGAGAAACUCAUGUACGAACGAUCUUUGGAGAUGAGUAGACUGGCUGCAGUCAAUGAGCUUGUAGGUACCGACCUGGAAGGCUGCGACCUCAAUUAUUGGACCGCACGAAGAUUGCUAGAAGCUAUCUUGGAAGACGAAGAAGACUCAACUCUUCGCAGGCCUGAUGGCGAAGAGAUCAAUGGGUUAGAGACUGAGGAUCGCAAGUCAAUACAGAUGCUUCUAGAGGGUAUGAAUGGGCGUCACUCUACUCUGAAGAGGAAGUUGAACGCACAGAAGGCCCAGAAAGCUCAAAAACGUACUUCGAUUUCCGGCGCUCCUGUACCUCACCCAUCUACGCGUAGCUCGCCUUCUUCGCACGGCACUGCGAGGUAA